CCAACACCAGUUAACUAUCAAUAUAGUGUGAGGUGUUAGGAUAUGUUAUAUUGUUGUGAACGAAGUGGAAACGGUCAAAGAAACAUGAGUGCUGGACCUCUGGGUAUGCUUGAUGCUCGCUAUGCCCACGGGUACGGGCUACUAUCCACUCUUUCCGGGUAUGCAGCGCAUUUUGGGGGGCCGUUUGCAUCCCUGGGAUUCGGAAAUCCGUACGGAAUUGACUUUGGUUCUCAUUCUGGGGGACACGGAGCGUACAUAGAGGGGUUGAUGUCAGCAUCCUCCCCCACCUCUAGAAAUUCUAACUCCUCUCUUCCAUUAGGAAGCCCCUCCGCUAAAAGUUCGGUCAAAUCCCCAGAUUCAAGUGAUGACGACCGAGAAAGUGCUGCAGCAAAACGUCGACGAACGAGGACAAAUUUUACAGGCUGGCAACUGGAGGAGUUAGAACGGGCCUUCCAGGACAGCCACUACCCUGACGUUUUCAUGAGGGAGGCCCUGGCACUGAGACUGGACCUCGUGGAGUCCCGAGUGCAGGUUUGGUUUCAAAACAGAAGAGCCAAAUGGCGAAAGAAGGAAAACACAAAGAAAGGACCAGGCCGCCCUGCGCACAAUGCUCAUCCACAGACCUGCAGUGGCGAACCAAUGGACCCCGAUGAAAUCAACCGCAGAGAGCAAGAAAAAUUAGAACGCAAGAAAAGGAAACAGGAAGAGAGACUCCGAAAGCUUGAAGAAAGGAGAAAACAAAUGCAAGAUCAAAAACAAGGUCCAUUUAACAGACUUUCAGAAUCCGAAACUCCACAGUCAAAAACAGAUGUGUCUAAUACGUCGUCCAUUUCAAGUUGCAAUGACAAUUCAGAAGUUUCUAACCGCGAUAACAUGGAACAUGACGAAGAGGAUGAGGAAGACCAAAUUUCAGAUCAGGAAAAUAGAAAAUGUUCAUUUAGCAUAGACAGUCUUUUAGAAGCUUCAAAAGUUCCUCGUGGCAGAAGACCCAACUCAAAAUAUCCCCGUGUUCAGGCAAGCAAAUCAGUUAAUGCUCUUGGUUUGGGCAUGAUGCCUUUGUUUCCAAUUACACAGCCAGUUGGAUUUAUCGUGGAACAAAGAUCGCAUGGCCCUUUAUCUGAUGAUGAAAUGUCAAUUAAUUCUGACGACGAAUCAGUACAUGAAAAUAACUCCUCAAACGAAGACAGUCAUAUCAACGUGGAACAAUUUAGUGAUGCGGAGGAAGAAGUCGAAAAAUCACCUCGACAUUGUAGCAAUUCUGACCCCUGCUCAUAGCAUCAGCUACUCAAUACAAUGUGUAUUAACUUGUAAUUUCUUUCCAUUUAUCUGAAUACAAUAGAGGAAACGAGUUACCGAUUCAUUCCCAUGAUAAAAUAUCAAUUGUAUCAAUUAUCAUAACAUUUGACUACAUUUCCAGCCUCUUGCUUCUGGAGGGCUAGUGCAAUGCUUUGAUUGUAAGUCGCUUUUGUAUAGUGUUACGCAUGGUGUAACCCAGAAAUUAUCUAAUUUCCUUGGAAUAGAUAAGGAAACAUUAUUUAUGUUCAUAUGAAUGUUAACAUUAAAACAGA